GGCUGUGCGGGACGGAGGGCUGGUCACGUGGUGGGGCGCAGCGGUGUAACCGGUUCCUGGUUGCAGAGUGAAUGAGGAAAUAGAACGAGCGGCCGCAGCCAUGGCCUCCCUGUUCAAGAAGAAGACGGUGGACGACAUAAUAAAGGAGCAGAAUAAAGAGUUAAGAGGCACUCAGAGGGCCAUAACCCGAGAUCGAGCAGCUUUGGAGAAACAGGAAAAGCAGCUGGAAAUGGAAAUCAAAAAGAUGGCAAAGGCAGGAAACAAAGAUGCCUGCCGGAUACUGGCCAAGCAAUUAGUUCAGCUCCGUAAGCAGAAAACUCGAACCUACGCUGUGAGUUCUAAAGUCACAUCCAUGUCCACGCAGACCAAAGUCAUGAGCUCCCAGAUGAAGAUGGCCGGCGCAAUGUCUACCACAGCUAAGACAAUGCAAGCAGUAAACAAGAAGAUGGAUCCACAGAAAACACUUCAGACGAUGCAAAAUUUCCAGAAAGAAAAUAUGAAAAUGGAAAUGACAGAAGAAAUGAUAAACGACACAUUGGAUGAUAUUUUUGAUGCCUCAGAAGAUGAAGAAGAAAGCCAGGACAUUGUGACUCAGGUGCUGGAUGAAAUCGGAAUAGAGAUCUCAGGAAAGAUGGCAAAUGCCCCAUCGGCUGCCAAAGGCCUUCCCUCUGCUGCCUCAUCCAAAACAUCAACCAUAUCCGAUGAAGAGAUUGAGCGUCAACUCAAGGCUUUAGGAGUUGAUUAAUGGGCUGGUAAAUCCAAGACAUUUGCCCUGUGUGGACUUGUAUUCUGGCUUCCAGGAACUGCACAAUAUCCGUUCUGGAGAAGAGUGAUUUAUUUUUAAAGGACUUAAGGGACUGACUUUUUUUUGUUUUGUUUUUUUUCUCCUAACGGACACUACAGUUAGCUGUAUAAUAAUAACUGUAUAUAGGACAAUAAUUGCUUAAUGUACAGAUUUUCCAUUUUUCUCCCCAAAAAACAGAUAUAUGUUGGGUCUGCAGUGUAUAUUUGUUU